GCCAGCCCAGCCUUGAAUGAUGGCCAGCGCAGACCAAAACACCGUGGGAGACCUUCCUCGUCCUCGUGGUCGGGCUCGCAGCAGAAACGUAUCGACCAAUCCAUUGGACUGCCCUCUUAGCCCUGAAGAAGAGCAGCUUGCUAUCUUCAUCCGCCAAAUCAACCACGCCGACGCUGGCCUUGCGAAGCAGGGCGACCACGCUGAGGCUCCAGCGCCAGCUCCAGCUCCAGCUCCAGCUUCCGCUUCCCCUCGUCCAUCUGCUCCAAUCUCUACGCCUCCUGCCUUUGCCUGCGUCAAAGCUCUAUCACUCAGCUCUCCACAAACAGCGCUCCGUUCAAAGAUGAAUUACCAGAACUACAUCGACUCACCUGGCGGGUCUGGAUCCAACCCCCGUCAAGCCCCCCCUUCGCCGUCACAAGGUAUGCCUAACGGAAUGAACGGCGGUAUGGGAAUGGGCGGUGGGAUGGUUGGAUACCCAACCCCAGCUGGUCACCAGUCCGAUCUCAAUUAUGUUAUGUCCAUGGUUGAGGAGCUGUCGUCAGUUCUGAAGGCAAAUGCGGCACUCACCGCUGGUGUGGUUGACAAGAUGGGCAAAGUCCGCCUCAAGGCUCAGCACCUCAAUCUUACGAACGACGAGUUAGUAGCUGUGGUUGCUUCCGAGCUCAAUGAGGAUUCUAAGAAUCUCGAGAAGGAAAACUCGGAUUUGCGCAAAGCUUUGGAGUUGUCCGACUUUGACAAGAAGGAGAACUUUAAACUUGCCGUUCACGGAGCCAGCAUCCUCGCUGACAUCACCGAGAAGAUGCACCGUUACAAGGAACAACAUGAGAUUGACACGCUGGCUUGGCACACAAACUACCGUCAACAAUUAGAGCACGAGCGUGAAGAGAACCUCAAGCUCCGCUGCCAAAUCGACGAUAUGAAGGCUGCUGCUUGCCGUGCCAAUGGUCACCUCCGUGAUAUGCGCCACUACCUCACCGACCAUGAUGAAUUGAACGAGCUGCGCGUUCAGAACACUCAGUACCGUCAGGAGCGCCGUUUCUGGAAGCGAAAGGCUCUCCCAAUGAUUCCAGACGACGACCCUGAGUAUGUGCAAUUACAUUAUGCUCCCAAGAACCUGGACUGAUAUUGUUGUAGGUGGUCUGAUGAUGAUGAUCUAAUUGACCCGGAAGAGAAGAAGCGUUUGGCUGCCACUCUCGCUGAGAAGAAUCGCAAGGACAAGGAAUCAGAGGGUGGUGAGGCACAGGGUACGACGGCUAUCGCCUAGGUGGUUGUCGGCACAAACAUUUCCCAUACGGUCUUUGCACGCAUCUUUCGGAGUUGACGGCGUCCAUGGACGAUACCCAGGCGACUUGAGCCUUCUUUCAUGUUGGAUUAUUUGCCAUUGUCGGCGAUGAGCUAUGGAGUCAUACAUAAUUGAUUGAGGAAUCCCCUGGUUGCUAGUGUUGGCGUUGAGUACAUGGGAAGAAGAUGAGAGAUAUGAAGAGCAAUCUACCAGCCUUUGGACCUGCGUGAUUCUGCGUGAUCUUCAUGUUUGUGCCAGGUUGCCGGUACCCAUUUGCACUCUUCAUGUGCUCGAAUUAAUUGAGUUAAUUCCGAACUUGGCUACGUUUGCUGUAAAGACAAAGCAUCAUUGACUCAUUGUUUACCCCUGUCGCCAGACUUAUCCCCGAGCCUCCAGAGUUUCCCAACAUUUCACAUCUCAUACACUUCACCCUUUCAAAACUUCCCAGCCCCCUUUUCAAUCAUAGUCUUGAACACACCCUGCCUCUGCCUCUCCCAGCCCUCAUAAUUCAUUUUCGCGAUCCCCACUGCAAUAUCCGUCUCCCCUGCACACAAGCCUCUCCACGCUUCCUCGGUAAAUUCAUCCAAGGGCAUCCCAAAACUCCCUCCGUCCUUCAGAUCAGGCUGGUGUUUUGUAUCAUGCAACUCGGUCUGCACAGCUGGCGGCAGAAGCUCAAUAACUCGGACAUCUCCAUCUGCGUAUCUAAGCUGCUCCCGCAAACAUAAAAUCAGAUGAUGCAUUGCCGCCUUACUCGCGCAAUAAUUUGGACAUCGGAGGAUGGGCACGAGUGCCAGGCCGGACGUGGUGAAGAUCAAGCUGGUGGGCUUCUUGGAGCUUUUGGAGAGGCUUUGGAGGUGAGGGAGGAAGGCGGUGGUGAAGUGAAGGGGGGAGAGAUAGUUUGUCGUUAGCUCGGUGGAUGUCUGGGGUAGAUCGACGGUGCUUGGGGAGGUAAAGUCGAGGCGCCGUUGGAUACCUGAGUUGAGGAUUAUGCUGGAAAGAGUGGAGUGGGUGCUUGUUAUUCCGAAAAAAAUACAGCAAGUAAGCCAGCCAGCCAGUAUGUCAAUAGAUAUCAACUUCUCAGACAUCCAACUUGGUCGACUAGACUACGAUAUUAUUUUAAAUACGUACUUGUUCACAAAUACAGGGAUCUUAUCCAGCUCAUUCACAUCAAAUUGGUAGAUUGAGACCUUCUGUUUCCCGUGUUUUUGUUGCAACUCUUGCAAGUUUUGUUGUCGUCGUCCGACGGCUAUCACGUGUGAACCGUUCAGAACCAGUUUCUCGGCGAGAGCGAGCCCAAUUCCAGAGGUUGCACCUAGGACGAGGACUGUAUCGUAGGGAAAACAAAGAGUCAUUCUUGUAGCUUUUGCCUCCGGAUAGUGGGUCGAGAAAUUUAUAGUCUUGAAGGUUGUAGUUGGUGCGUGUGGAGGAGUAAGUCGAAACUCGAGGAAGUAUUCCAGUACGAUUCUAUGAUCUGUGAAAAC